CCUUACCCUGUUCCUGGGCAUGAUUGUCAAAAUAGGUGGCAGCCAGUGUGGUUGGUCAGCCUGCACCACUCCUGCAGUGGAUCCCAGUGCUCACCACUGGGGCCUCCAGACCAAGCUCUAGCCUUAGGACCAGCACCCACUCUGAUUGGUCAUACUGGUUAUUAAAUAUGUGACUGUCAACCACUGGGGGGGGGGGCUUCUUCCUGAUGCCAUCACAAACCCCCCUCCCCUACUGGUUUCCCUGGGUUCCCAAGCAAUUAUGUCAUCAGACCCAACUCAGCGGGGCCCUAGAGAUGCAAAGGAGGUGACAGACAAGGGUCAGUCCAGCACGGAAGGGUCACCCCUAAAGGACUGCUUGCUCAUCUGCCCCGGGGACUCAGAAACACAUGACUCAUGUCAUUCGGGCUCAGACAAGCACCUCCCCAGGAAGCUCCAGGAUCCUGGCACUACUAGGGGCACACCGAGCCCCUGAUAUCCCUAACCCUUUGCCAGCACCCCCUGGCCCUACAGGAGCAGCCAACAUGCCUAUCUCCAAGCGCUUGCAAAAGUCGGAGCCCCUGUGGAAGGGGUGGGACCGGAAGGCCCAAAAGAACGGACUGAGGCACCAGGUGUACGCUGUCAAUGGUGAUUGCUAUGUGGGCGAAUGGAAGGACAACAUGAGGCACGGAAAAGGAAGACAGAUCUGGAAGAAGAAAGGAGCCAUCUAUGAGGGAGACUGGAAGUUUGGGAAGCGAGAUGGCUAUGGCACCCUCAGUUUUCCUGACCAAGAGAUGGGAAAGCACAGGAAAGUAUACUCUGGCUGGUGGAAAGACGAUAAAAAAUCGGGCUAUGGGAUUCAGUUUUUUGGACCCAAGGAGUAUUACGAGGGUGAGUGGUGUGGCAACCAGCGCAGCGGAUGGGGCCGUAUGUACUACAGCGACGGCGACACCUACGAGGGCCAGUGGUUGAAUGACAAGCCGCACGGGGAGGGCAUGUUGCGCCAAAAGAACGGCAACCGCUACGAGGGCUACUGGCAGAGAGGUAUGAAGAAUGGGUCAGGUCGUUUUUUCCACCUGGACCACGGUCAGCUCUUUGAAGGCUUCUGGGUGGACAACGUGGCCAAGUGUGGCACAAUGAUUGACUUUGGACGCGAUGAGGCCCCUAAGCCCACCCAGUUCCCCAUUCCUAAGAUCCAAAUUCUAGACCCUGAUGGCGUGCUGGAGGAAGCCUUGGCCAUGUUCAAGAAGACAGAGGAAGAAGAAGAUUGAUGCCAGGUGAAGGGCAGGCAUGCUUUCCAGCCUCUGAUGCGAUUGAGGCAGCUCCUGGGGUCUCGUUUGGCCAAGGAACUCAGGGGCAGGACCAGAGGGUAGGUUUCUUGCCUCCUGGAAUCCAGUUGGUUCUUUUUGGUUCCUCCCCUUCAAAACUCAUUUCCUUGAAGACCAUUUCGCUCCUGAACGCCCGUAAGGUGGUUUGCCCCAGGCGUACACCUGCACAUCUGUCCUAGCCCCUCCAGGUGUGGGUGUAAGUGGGGUUUGAGGAGGGGGCAUUGGUACGGCAUCUUGGGGCCGCCAGCUCCCACCAGCCCCUUGCCCCCAGAGAGCACACCAGAGCUUCUGGAGAAAUUCAAGCCCGUCACCCAACUGCUCAAACCGGUGUGGCUUCUGCACGAGGAGUGAGUGGUGACUCUGGGCACACCCUUGGCACCUCAGAGGGCACCUCACUCCUCCCAGCACUGGAUUGUCCUCUCCCCAGCUGGCUUUGGGGACCCUCUUGUUACAGCCUUCAUUGUCCGUCACCAUUCCUGAAGCAAGAGUAUAAAGGAGAACCUGGUGGCAUCGGCCCAGGG